CCCCCCCUCCCUCCUAACGCCGCCUAAACGGCUUCACGCUGAGUUAUGAUCUAUCCCGGUAUUUCUAUAUCUAUGAUAACUCAAGCUAGUUCAGUAAUUCAUUGUGAUACAUACGUUGAACAGAUUUAGUUAAAUGCUAAGUUUAAUUCCACAAACUAUUAUUUAAGACUGAAACUAGUUUAUGCGUUCGGUUGUGCAAAUUCAUGUAAAAUCAAUAUGAAUACACCUCAGACUAAUAAGAAAAAAGGUAGAAGUAGAAUGGGAGUUCAAAGUGAGUCUUCGGGACUAGGAGUUACUGAAGUACUGAGUUCUCAAGACAUCGCAAGAAUCGUUUUGGUAAAUCCAGCAGGCGAGGAAGGUAAUAAACCAAUUCGUCUUGGAAUUGCUGAAAGUAUUCCAAUUAUUUCUUUGGAGGAAGUGGAGGCAGAUUUGAGGAACACAAAUCAGAAAGCCAAUGUUGCUACAGCUGAAAAAGAAAGAGAGGACAAAGCAAUACUUAGUUCGUUGCCUGUAGCAAUGGUCAAGGAAUUAGAAGGCUAUGAAGGACAGAUAGGCGAAGCAGAACCUCUUCCCAACUCCUACGUUAGAUUUAUGGAACGUAGUGGUGAGGAGCUUGAUGGUGAAGUGGAGUACGAUCUCGACGAAGAGGAUUCCGCGUGGUUAAUGCUGGUGAAUGAACGUCGUGUAGCAUCCGGCCUAAUACCACCAAUGGAGCCGGAUACUUUCGAACUUUUAAUGGACAGACUUGAAAAAGAAUCAUACUUUCAGCAACAGAAUAAUGGUGGUGGCGGUACCGCGGCUGACGAAGAUGCUGUUUGUUGUAUUUGCAUGGAUGGCGAGUGUCAAAACAGUAAUGCAAUUCUGUUCUGCGAUAUGUGCAACUUGGCAGUACAUCAAGAUUGCUAUGGAGUCCCUUAUAUCCCUGAGGGACAGUGGCUCUGUAGGAGGUGUCUUCAAAGCCCAUCCAAGGCAGUCGACUGCGUACUCUGCCCCAAUAGGGGUGGAGCCUUCAAGCAAACCGACAGGUCUGCCACGUGGGCUCAUGUGGUUUGUGCACUCUGGAUACCGGAAGUACGGUUCGCAAACACCGUCUUUCUCGAACCAAUAGACAGUAUAGAAAGUAUUCCGGCAGCUCGGUGGAGGCUUACCUGUUGUGUUUGCAAGCGUCGUGGUGCCGGUGCCUGUAUUCAAUGUCACAAAAGCAACUGCUACGCUGCCUUUCACGUAACGUGCGCUCAGCAAGCUGGUCUUUGCAUGCGUAUGCGUACUGUCCAACCUGCGAACGGUGAACCGAUGCUCGUCCAAAAGACAGCCUAUUGCGAGGCCCAUACACCACCGGAUUAUCAACCAUCUACGAAUCCGGCUGAUGCUCGGAGACGAGCUAUUGCUAACAAGAAGAGUUCUUCGGCUCCAGUUAUCUCGAUACCUACCAUUCCUCCAGAACGGAUUCGCGAAAUUGCUAGUCUGGCUGAAGGACUACCAAAGAGAAGCCAAUUGAUUCAACGGUUAAUAGCUUACUGGACGCUGAAGCGUCAAUACCGAAAUGGCGUUCCUCUUCUUCGAAGACUUCAAAGUUCUCAUCCACACUCGCGUCCACCCCCUCUUGGUGAUCACGCAUCUCCGGCCGCCGAUAGCGAAUUGCGUGGCGAACUCUAUCGACAGCUCAAAUAUUGGCAAUGUCUACGACAGGAUUUAGAACGCGCGCGAUUGCUAUGCGAAUUAGUGCGUAAACGAGAAAAACUGAAAAAGGAACUAUUCAAAGUGAAAGAAAAAUGUUUAUGGUUUGAAUUACGACCAUUGGAAAGUGUGUUGCGUACUCUGUUGGAAGCUCUGAAAGCGAGAGAUACCAAUGACGUCUUUGGGCAGCCAGUAAACAUUAAAGAAGUUCCUGAUUAUUUGGAUAUCGUCUCCCAUCCUAUGGACCUUUCUACUAUGGAGGCUAAAUUAGAGAGACGGGAAUAUGAAACGAUUGGGGCGUUUGAAGCGGAUUUUAAUCUAAUGGUUAACAACUGCCUGGCAUACAACCGGAAAGAUACAAUGUUCUACCGGGCGGGUGUAAGGAUGCGUGAACAAGGCAACACUUUGAUAGAGCAAGCUCGCAAAGAUUAUCCCGACCUGGACCCUGCAGCAGAGAUUGAACAAGCCGCUUCAAAGUCACGGAAACGAGAAAGGAUAAAUCGAAAUCGCGGCGAAUCGGAAUGUCAGAUCAGCGAAAAGGAAGUAGGCGGUGGUGGUGUCAACAGAAGGACAGCAGUUUUAUUUACCAGAAAAGCCAGAGCUCGUGCCAGUCGUAGUGGACAGCCAGCGACUCUGGAAGGUGAUCAGAAAAAACAGGGUGAUAGCUUUCGUGUCUAUAGAAGUGGUACAAUGGACAGCGACGUUGGUGAAGGUGAAAGUCAAUCCUCCAGUUGCAGCAGUUGCUCCACAAGUAGGUCCAGCAGCCCAGAAGUAGAGGGUGAAAUGGAAGAUAUGCCCCAGGAAAAAAAUAACUCAAAAGAGGCAACGGCAGCAAAAGAGGAUGACAGCCAAACCGGUCUCGAAGCUCUACAGCUCGUUUGGGCUAAGUGUCGCGGUUAUCCUUGGUACCCGGCAUUAAUUAUAGAUCCCAAUACGCCCAGAGGCACCGUGCACAAGGGAGUGCCGAUACCAGCACCACCGGAUGAUGUGCUCGCACUUGCUGUUAAUUACAAGGAGCCUGUAUUCCUUGUUCUAUUCUUUGAUACAAAACGCACCUGGCAGUGGCUACCUGGCGAGAAAUUAGAGAAACUGGGUGUUUCCCAGGAAUUGGAUGACAGCAAGUUAAUCGAAUCUCGCAAACCGGCAGACAGGAAAGCCGUGAAGAAGGCUUAUCAAGAAGCACUUCAUUAUCGAAAACAAACGCAUAAUACAGCACUGAAUACAACUUCAGCAAUGUAGUUCUUACAGCAUUGUGAAGAAUAUCAAGUGUUAUUGAAACCAUUGUGACUUGCAUGUUGUGAUACACCAAUGAAUUUUUAAUAAAUAAGCCAAAAAAUUAAUACAUAUAUAUUUAUAUUUUAUGUAUAAACUGCAUACAAUGGACAUUUGUAAAGGUGCACAGUAAUUAAUUCUGAAUUAUAAACAGUAUUAUUUUAAACAUUAAA